CUUGGGCCUCUUCUUGCUGGUUUCUAGACUCAACUGGGUCAGCAUUGUGCCUAUCAUUUUACUUCUAUGUACUUCUCAGUGCAGCAAGUAUGUCUCCAAGGUAUUCGUCGCAAAGCAAAGGGCAUGGAAUGAUGCCACACAGACGCGAAUCGGCCUCAUCAAGACAGUCCUUGAAAAAAUGAAGUCAAUCAAAGCAAUGGGCUUUCCACAGAAUGUUCAAGGAAAGAUUCAAGACGCUCGUGACAUGGAGUUAACUGCAGCUCGAGUUAUCUAUUGGCUUGACGUGCUUUUAGCAGCUUCUGCAAGUUUCCUAAAUGCUCUUGGACCUGCCAUCACCCUUGGCAUCUACACCAUUUGGGCCAAGCUCACUGGAAAUGCCCUUCUAGAUGCAGAUGGAAUUUUCACUUCGUUCGCACUGGUCCAGAUGGUUACCCUGCCAGCCAACUCAAUCUUGUUCGCCCUUCCUGGAUUUUUCUCAGCACUUGCAGGGUUUGAUCGGAUUCAAAGCUAUUUGUUAGAGCCCAUACAAGAAGACGAUCGCAUUGUCCUUGCGCUUGAGACGGAGACUUCAGGUAGUACGCCAGAGCGUGAUCAGCAUGUGGCUUUUGAGUCCAUCGACUUUGGCAGAGUUGAUGCUGUUUCAGUUGAAGAUCUGACAGUCACUUAUGGAAAUGGAUCCAGACCGGUGCUACAGAACAUCACGUUUGGUAUUGGCAUUGGCUCGAUUGUGAUAAUUACUGGACCCACUGGCUCUGGUAAAACAACAUUGCUCAGGACUAUCAUAGGUGAUCUGCAACCCGAAUCUGGGACCGCACUGGUCACUUCUGGAGUGAUGGCAUACUGUGCCCAGUCACCCUGGUUAGGAAGCGGCACGAUUCGUGAUAAUGUUGCAGGACCUCCAGGCUCUAAAGUGACCGACGAAGAUUGGUAUCGACGAGUAAUCAGAGCUUGCGACCUGGAAUAUGAUCUUCAAAAGCUGCCUGCGGGAGAUCGCACGAUUAUCGGCAACGGAGGGACAUCUCUUUCAGGGGGCCAAAGACAACGAGUAGCACUCGCCCGAGCCAUCUAUUCUGGGCUAGAUAUUCUGGUUCUUGAUGAUGUGUUUAGCGCACUUGACGCUCGAACUGCUGGACGCAUCGCCAAUCGCUUGCUAGGUCCAGCUGGUCUGUUUCGUGAACUCGGAAAGACUGUGAUCCUGAGCACACACACAGUCAACUUUCUCCCGUUCGCAGACGAGGUUAUUGUGCUUAACAAUGACGGGAGCAUUGCCGAGCAGGGCCCAUGGGAUCAAAUCAAGGGCCAAGAUCGUUUCAGUAGCUUGAAGCCACUCGAGGUGUUUGAUAUAAGCGACGAUGCUACCGAAGAAACCAAUUAUCCGCCCUUUCAACCUGAGGAACCGCCCAAGGCAAAGACACCGUCGGAUUUGAACCGUCAAACGGGAAACGGUGCCAUCUAUUGGCACUACAUUCAAGCUAUUGGAAAAACCCGUGUUUUCGCCACCCUUCUCAUUAUGAUUUCUUCCGCGACUUUUGCUGUGCUAAUCCAAACAUGGCUUCGAUGGUGGUCAGAGGACAAUGAUGCAGGACAACGGACAUGGCUCCAUCUUGCAGUCUACCUUGCUCUCUCCCUUGGCCAUUGGUCCGCUCUCGCCAGUAUCAGCACUGUCUCACUACUCAUAGUACCCACAUCUGGCCGCAAUCUACACAAUCAGCUACUGAAGACAGUGGUGAAGGCCCCAUUGGCAUUCAUCACAUCCACGGAUAUCGGCACGACUCUGUCGCGAUUCAGCCAAGACAUGACACAAGUUGAUCGCCGCCUACCCGGUCAAGUAGCUGCUCUCGGAAGUCAAGCCUUCAAGCUUCUCGCCCAGGUCUUUUUGCUCUUCAUGGCACAGACAUACAUGCUUAUCACUUUUCCCAUUCUGGCCCUGAUCGUCUAUGCCAUCCAGAAGAUAUACCUACUCACCAGCAGACAACUGCGGUGGCUCAGCAUGGAAGCAAAUGCCCUUCCCAGCAACAACUUUUUGGAAACCGUCCAGGGAAUCGCGACCAUUCGUGCGUUUGGAUGGGAGGAUGCGUAUGCCGCCGAGAAUAGCAAAGCAGUUGAUGCCGCACAAUUACCCUCCUAUACCCUCUUCUCCAUCGAACAAUGGCUAGCCCUGGUGCUGGACUUGAUCGUCGCUGGGGUGGCCCUGCUCAACGUGGUCCUCAUUGUUACCCUGACGGAUAGCUUUACAGCGGGCGAUGUGGGAAUCAGCAUGAAUGUGAUUCUGACGGUGAAUAUGGUCCUAUUGAUCACCGUUCAAUCAUGGGCGAACUUUGAUGCCUCGCUGGGCGUCAUUUCGCGCAUUAUGGAUUUUGCGAAAACGGUGACCCCGGAGCCAGAACCAGCCUCGCCACUGGUACCCCCCAAAUCAUGGCCCGCUAGCGGUGCAGUCGAACUGAGGAAUGUUGUUGCAGACUACGACCAGCCAACCGAAGCAUCGGCAUUGUUGGAACCCCACGCUCACGCUCUUGACCACAUCUCAUUGAAACUAUCCCCAGGCCAGACAGUCGGCAUCUGCGGACGCACCGGCAGCGGAAAAUCGUCCCUCUUCCUGAGUUUCGUUCGUCUUCUCGAGCUAUCCGAGGGCAGCAUCAUCAUCGACGGCUUAAACCUGAGCUCUAUCUCCCGAGAUGUAGUCCGGUCUCGACUGAUCACCGUCCCCCAAGACUCAUUCAUUCUUGCCAGCGACACCGUGCGUCAAAACCUGGACGCAACCGGCACCGCAACCAAUGACGAGAUCUUAGACGCCCUGGAUAAAGUCCACCUCUCCUCUACUUUGGAAAAUAGAGCCAUUGAUUCCGGCUUCACAUCGACUGUCUUUCUUGACGUACCGAUGAAGGAGUGGCCGUUAUCGCAGGGCCAGUUACAGCUUUUCUCUCUUGCGCGGGCCCUUUUGCUUCGUCGCUCGCGUGGAAAAGUCAUUUUGCUCGAUGAGGCUACUAGUAGUAUCGAUUUUGAGACAGACGCAUUGAUACAGAAGGUGCUACGCGAGGAGUUCAGAGGAUAUACCGUUCUUGUUGUGGCUCAUCGGCUGGAAACGAUUGCCGAGGCAGACUCUGUGGUGGUUUUGGAUCAGGGCUGUGUUGCGGAGGUGGGUGAUGUGCGUGAGCUGCUACAGCGUGAUGGAUCGGUGUUGAGGUCGCUUUUUGGGUCGGAGUCUUCUUGAGAGAAUAG